GAAAAAGUUCCGCCGCGCGGAACUCGGGCGGAGAACCUGAUUGGCCCGUGCGCGGCGCUGGAUUAUCAAGCUUCCCUGACACUUAAUGGAGCCUCACGCCUGGCUGUUCUUUUCCCUCCUCGCUCCUCGCCAGUCUUUUGUGCUGCGCUCACUUUGAUCUUCAUUGGCGUCGCUCAAUAUGCCUCCUGCACGCGAUGCUAUGGCUCACCGGGGAGACGAUGAUGAGGUGUGCCCCGUCUGCAAGUCGUCGCGCUACUUGAACCCGGACAUGCGAUUCCUCAUCAACCCAGAAUGCUAUCACAAGAUGUGUGAGUCCUGUGUCGACCGGAUAUUCUCCUCUGGCCCUGCAAAUUGCCCUGUGGCGGGCUGCCACAAGACCCUGCGCAAAGCCAAGUUUCGAAAGCAGACAUUCGAAGAUAUCAAUGUGGAAAGAGAGGUCGAUAUCCGGCGCAGGGUGAUGCAUAUCUUGAACCGGCGUGAAGAGGAGUUUGACUCCAAACGAAACUACGAUGAUUUCCUUGAGCAACGUGAAGAGAUAAUAGCCAACCUUGUCCAUGGCACCGAUGUUGCGAAGACCGAGAGCGACCUGCAAAGAUACGCAUCGGAGAAUAUGCGCUCGAUCCGCGCCAACCAGGCCCUCGAGGCGCAGGAAGCCUCGUCCUUCCGGGAACAGCAAACACACGAGCAAGAGCUGGCGCGGCUUCGUCGGGAAGCGGUCAGGCAGGAAUAUGAGAAUGAGCGGAGGGAGAUAUUGGCAGGCCGAGAAGACGUGCUGAGCCGUCUCGCUGCCGGCCGACCUGGCGACGCCGCGGCGAUUGCUCGCGAGGGCCAGAAGGUCUUGCUCAAGAAAUCUUCUGCUCGCCGCAGUGAGGAGGAUCGUAUCCGCCAGAAACAGGCCGCACUGCGCAAUUCCGAUGUCAAGAAAUCCGGACAGGGUGCGUUCGGCGCGGCGGACAGGGCCGACGACAGUGGUGCUUCGAGCCUCAUCAAGGGUCUUAAGAAGAUCAAGACCCCCGAACCGGAGAAGCCCUACGAUCCUUUCAUGGGGUUGGUCCCCAACAAACGGGACUAUUACACUUUGCACGACUAUUACCCGAACAGCUAUCUCGAUCCUGUUCGACAGGACACCCGUAUGCUGGCAGGCGGGUACGAUCUUCAGGAGUACUACUCACGCACAUUGAUGGAAGCCUUUGCGGGUCUGGGUUGUUUCAUCGAUGAAGAGGUCUCCAAACGAGAUGUUAUAAGUACUUCGGAUAUUUCCGAACCUGUCGCCACCAAAGGAGCUGCGUUGGCGGCAGUGUCAAGUGCAGGCACUCCAGACGCGAGCUCGUGACCCCGAGAACGCGAGGGUGGUUUAUAACAAAUGGAGGCACUUAGGCCCUGAAAAUUGGGUAUCAUUCGGAAAUACACCUGUGGCGUUUGGGUAUGUGGUGCAUAGCGAUGGCGUUUUGGACAAGGAUUAGCGUAGCAAGAGCCAUG